UGCGCCAGCCCACCCGCCGGAUCUGCGCGUAGCCGGCAGGGACUGCGUGCGCCUUCGGAGGCGUCGGUGCGAGGCGUCUGGUCCCGGACGGCGGCUGCGAUCCUCGGGGGCUGCUGGCUUCCAUGUUGCGGAAGGGAUUGGAGGUUGGGAUCAGCGAUCCAGAGAGCCCCACUUGGCUGUAGCUCCAGGAAGGUCUCUUCGACCUCCGUCCCCUCUCACGGCGCCUGCCGAAGCCACUGGAGGAAAAUGGUGUGACAGUGUCCCAUCAAGCCGGAUUGUCGGGCACGCAGAACGCCCGUGAAGAAAGUGGCCCAUUUCCCCGUUCGCAGGAGAGACAUUCUCAAAUUCCAAAAUGCCAGCCAAGACCCCCAUUUACCUGAAGGCGGCCAACAACAAGAAAGGAAAGAAAUUUAAACUGAGGGACAUCCUGUCUCCUGACAUGAUCAGCCCUCCCCUGGGAGACUUUCGCCACACCAUUCACAUCGGCAAGGAGGGCCAGCACGACGUCUUCGGAGAUAUUUCCUUUCUCCAGGGGAACUACGAGCUUUUGCCUGGAAACCAGGAGAAAGCCCCCCUGGGCCCGUUCCCGGGGCACAGCGAGUUCUUCCGGGCCAACAGCACCUCCGACUCCAUGUUCACAGAAACGCCCUCCCCUGUGCUCAAGAACGCCAUCUCCCUCCCGACCAUCGGCGGGUCCCAAGCGCUCAUGUUGCCCCUGCUGUCCCCGGUGACCUUUAAUUCCAAGCAGGAGUCCUUCGGGCCGGCCAAGCUGCCCAGGCUCCCCUGCGAGCCCGUCGCGGAGGAACAGGCCCCGGAGAAAAGCCGUCUGCUGGAGAACGGGACGGCCCACCAGGGCGAUGUCUCCUGGGGCUCCAGCGGGUCCGCGUCCGUCUCGCAGUCCAGCCAGGGCAGGGACAGCCACUCCUCCAGCCUCUCGGAACAGUACCCCGACUGGCCGGCCGAGGACAUGUUUGACCAUCCCGCCCCGAGCCAGCUGGUCAAGGAAAAGACUAAGUCCGAGGAGUCCCUCUCGGAUCUCACGGGCUCCCUCCUCUCCCUGCAGCUCGAUCUCGGGCCCUCGUUUUUGGAUGAGGUGCUGAAUGUCAUGGACAAAAAAUAAGUAGCAGGACGCCUCCAGCGAUGCCUUUGGGAUGAAAGGUAUCAAAAAAACAACAAUAAAACAACCACCAACCACAGUCGAGGAGAAGAGCUUCACUGGCUAUAUUUGCAAGUGACGUGAUGGGUUUUCUAAGAUAAUGUUCCUACAGAGUAUUUUUUUACUUGUUAGGCCUUGUUUGCAAAAGCAGUUUAAAAAAAAAAAAAAAAAAAAAGACCCGUCCUAGCAAAAAGAGGAAGUGAGUCAGUGAGAACCCGUUUCGGCAGGCAUGGCUGAUGUUCAGCUCACAGGUUUUGUUUGUAGACACACAGGAAUCUGGCUCAGCCAGGAUGGCACCAGCCACGAAGGGCUGCACGGUCACCCGGGGGAACUUCACAGCACUCGGCAUUUUCUGAGCAAGAAGAAGUCAAAAUUUUAUUUCACACCUAAGCCUUUUUUUCUGGACUCUUUUCCAAUAUUAUGUUGUUUGGGCUCACCAUAGCGGAUUCUUCAGUGUUAAAACUGUUCUGUUUUCACAUUUGAACAACUUUAUGGGUUUGUGGGAUUUUCUUGUAGCCCUUAUAUAUACACCUAUGUAUUAUGUCAAUAUUGCAGAAUUUUGACUGUCAGCUACAUGUUGGUAGGACAAGCAAAGUAUUACUGUAACUAAGUUAUUUUUAAAGUUAAAAUAUAUUUUUAUGUGCCUUUGGCUUUUUAUUGCAGAGUCUGCAUUUUAUAGAUACUACAUCGAAUGUUGUCAUUUGACUUGUUUCCAUUGUAAGCUGCAUAUGUGUAUGUUUGGAAAAGUGUAUUCAUACUUUAGCUUUAUUUUCUCUUUUCUUCCCCUGUUAAACUUUUCAUAGCAGCCAACCAUGGAUUGUCAAGUGUAAAGGCACAGGUUACUCACGGCGCUUCUGCAGAGACUGUGGGCUACACUACGUAAUGAUCUUUGGAAAUAUGGGGAUUUUAGUACAGUACAUACCUGCAUUACAUAGGUACUUCAUACAACACAAUAAAGAGUAAAUGUUAAAAUGA